AUGAACACUCAAAAGGUGCAGAUAAAUCAGUGUGAUAUGAAAACAGAUCUGAACUUACUGCUUGAAUGCCUUAAAUCUCAGGUGGACUGCCCUCUGUCUCAGCAGGAGGCUGUGAUCACUGUCUAUUACAUUUGCCAACAAAACAGUGAAGCGAGCGAAUACUUUCGAGAAAUUGGUGGUUUGAUGUUUAUAAAUGACCUUGCCAAGUCGAGUACUCAUUGCAUCGUAAAGGAAGCAGCUUUAUUUACAUUGGGGAUUAUUAUAGAGAGUAAUGUGUAUUGUCAACAGACUUUGUGUACUUCUGCAUUGUUUGAAGACCUCAUUUUAUUUUUAAUUAAAAAGGAUUCUGGUGUGAACUUGAAAAGAAUGUCUGUUUAUGUCAUCUUAGUACUGGUGUCAAAUAAUAAAAAUGGGCAAAUCCAUGUCAGAGACACAGGCUGCAUCAGCCUGCUGCUGCAGCUGUUCAGAACAACUCUCUCCACGUCUGAGAAGAAUCUGUCAGCUGAAAACACCGAUCCCUGCUAUCAGCUCUGGUCCUCAGUCCGCAGCACUCUCUGUGCCUGUGUCAACAACCCCCAGCACGGGACAGAAGAUAAUCAGAACAUUUGCUGUGGGGUUUUUCCCUAUGCCAAAGGGUGGCUCAAGAGUUGCACAGAGCCUGAGAUAAUUCGUCCCAUCUGUUCAUUUCUUGGUCUCACAGUUGAAAACAACUGGAAGUCAUAUGUGCAGAAAUAUUUUGUUUCUAUUGGAGGAUUGGAUACAUUAGCCAAAGUUCUCCUUGAGCUUAUGCAUGAUUCCUGUUUGAGUAACUCCAGCAUGAAACUUGCUGUGGUAGUAACAAAGACUCUGGAUGCCUGUAUUGCUAAUAACUCUGCCAUGGGUGUUGUCUUGGCAAAGUAUCACACUGUGUCAGAGCUGCUGAAGCUGCUGUCCAAUGAGACACUGAGCACAGGAGAAAAAAUCAGUAUUAUUCUAACAAUUGGACACUGCACUGAAGUUUGUGAAGAGAACCAGUGUGAGCUGCUUCAGAACAAUGGUCUGCCACUCAUGAUUCAGGUAUUGACAGAAUCUCAGGACGAGGAACUCGUCAAAGCUGCUACUUUUGUGCUGCAGAACUGCAAACAAAUGACUGAACAGUUGUCUCUGAAUUUAUGUGAUAACUCUUUAAAUGUGAACAAUGCAGAAGAAUUGGAUGUGCAAGUCAGAAAAAGAUGUUUGCAAGACUACUGGAAGAAAGCAAAAGAAAUUUUACACAGAAUAAACUCAAUUGAAAAACAGCACAAUGAGGAAAGAGUGCAAGGAGAAAUAUUUGUAGAUGAAUCUUCAGUAGCCAAUUCUGAAGCAUUAAAAUCCCAUGAAGUGAAACCUGUUGAUCCAAAAUACACAGAAGGAACACAGAAAGAUGUCUGUUGUCCACAGUUGACCUCAAAGUUGAAUAAUCAGGUUCUUGCUUCAUCUGUAACUUCUGCUCCACAAAAAAAUGAAACAGUGAACACUAUGGAUGCAGCUUCUACCAGACAAACUGAACAGAGGAACAGUCCACGUUCAGUUACUGCGCUGCACACAGACAGUGUAUCUCAAAGUCACAAUAUAAAUGGGAAAACUGCUUGUGGAAAAAGUCGGUCUGGUCUUCAGGCAGGUGAACAGUUAUUUAAACAACCAGCAGAGACUGUUAGAAAUAUGAAACAGACAUGCACAUCAGGUCAACAUUCAUUCUGCUCAGAGAAAACUGAGAGAGUCAAAAGUACUUCAGCUGUAUCUUCAUCCCAUAAAAUGGCAGAUUUAAGGUGUUUAGGUUGUACAGCAGGAGGACUGUCCUUGAACAGCAAAACCUUCACCAAGAUGUUGCAGAGUUGCCUGCAUAGGUGUGAGCACCACAGAGUCAUCCUGGAGGCUGAAGAGAGAUACCGAGGAGAGCUCCGCAGAGUGGCUGCUGGUGACAACAACAGAUCUGCAACUCAUCAGAAAAUGCUGCUGUCCUCAGUGAAGAAAGACGGGCUGUACAAAGAAAUACCAACUUCUAGGAGCAAGAAGGAUAGUUUCCAAAGCAUUCUUUUGACUCCAAAUAGAAAAGACAAAUCUAAUACUUCAAAAAGAGAUGAACAUAGUAGAAAUACUAGGUGGACUAGCAACUAUAACUUGACACCUGCUUAUGAAAACUCUUUACAAAAAUCCCAAGAUGCUAACCAGAAGAGACAGAGAGUCAAAGAGAUGUGCAGCCAGAAAUGUCAGCAUUUAAAAGAAAAUUGCACACCUUCACUUGACAAAGAUGAGGGCAAUGAAAUGUGUUCCCUGGCCAUGAGUAUGAGACCUUUGAACAAGAGAAGAGUCCGAAAAGAUUUCACAACUGAAGAAAUCAACUGCCUUUUGAAAGGCGUCCAAAAAAUGGGCAACCACUGGAAUUUGAUUUUGUGGUCUUACCCUUUCCAGAAAGGACGGACAAGCGUUGACCUUUCCAAGAAGUAUUACAGGUUACAGGUGCAGGUACUCAUCACUGAAUUUUCUACUGAUGACAAAUGCUGGGAGCCUAGUUUUCAUCAUUAGCCCCUGAGGUGACUUGCAGAAAUAAAGACAGGCUUUCAGAGUGUGCAGCCACGGGAUUGUGCCUUGUGUCAGUGCAGUGCCCACAAGAAUGGCCCCUGGUGUAAUUCCAUCAGGGCUGGUGCUUGGAGAGAGAGAGAGAACUAAAGUAGGGAAAAGAACCUUGGAACCCGCCACUGCCACUUGACAGGGUACUAAGAGAAUGAAAGUGUCAUUAAGGACUCUAAAUUAAUUCCUGUGUUUAUCAGGAAAUUGGUCCUCUCUCUGCUUAGCCUCUGUUGUGAUGCUGGUCUAUGAGAGCCUCUGCAGCAGUUUCCCAGUGAUAAAUCCAUGCAUCCCUCACACAGGGAGCAUUGCUCCUGUGCUUUGGAGACCAAGGGAGCAAUUAAGUGACAAGCCUUUGUUUACAGAAAGCUGGUCUGUAAUUGUGCAGUGGUUUGGGGCAACAUUUAUCCUGAUAUUUUCCCUUUUAUCUCCAUUUUAUAGAUGAAAAAAGCCCACAAAGGACAUCAGUAACAUCAUCUGCAAGUGCUUUGUUGCAGAAUGUUCAAGAACAGCCUUUGUAACAGUGAGGUAUUGCCAGAACAACUCGAGCCCUCGAAGAAUUUAGCUUGGACGCCUGAAUUAGAAUUUGGCUUGGACUCCUGUUUUUCAGUGACAACUGACUGAAUUGUUAUGCAUUGUAAUUUUAAUUUACCAUAACUCGACAGUUUAUUUAAGUAAUGCUAUCAUAGGCAACAAAAUCUCUAUCGGUAAAAACGACAUUAAUUUGGAACUUAAUUUAACCUUCUUGAGCAUUUGAUCUAUGCAAUUUUUGAGUUAACUUUUUGUUGCUUGCUCUAUACCAUUUGCAACAAAAGGAUAUAUUGCUAAAACGAAUACUUUAUGUCUGAAAGUUCUGUUAAUGUUGUUGUGUCUGAAUCUGUUUCCUCUUAAUUAGUGAAAUGUUUAAAGCAAGUGGAAUAUUUUGUCACAUGUUGAAUAUGCUGCAUGUGCAGAAAAAUGUCUCUCUAACAGAAAACACUGAAUGUGUGGUUAAACACUGCUGCACAGAGGAGGCAAACCUUUCACUGCUACAGAAAUUCUGUACUCACUGUUGAACUGAGCAGGUAAUAGUAGAAUUUGGCUUCUGUUUAUAGUUGGGCAGUUUUCUGGUGUAUUUUUCAAAUAAGUGAGCAGAACCAGCAUUUCUGCUAAUUACACAUUUUUUAUAGGAAGCUUUACUGAAAGCCUUGGUAACUUGCUUUUUCAGUGAUAGAAUUUCAGUUGUAUAUUUUACUUGUUCUGAUAGAAGAAAGAUGAAUCAAUAGUUAUUUUAUUAUGGAAAAUGUUUAGUUAUUGUAUUAGCACUAGGCUUUCAAUAUGAUGCAACUUAAAUACUUGAAAACAGGCAAGGUAACCAAAACCUGAGAGACUUGCCAUAAAGAUGAUGCCAGUGAUGCAAUAAAUAUGCCUUCCAAUAUUUUCAGCUGUUGUAAUUUGGGGGAUUUAUUAUUAAAAUAUUGAAACAUCUAUAAAAGACAUCUCUAAGUGGAGCUGUUGCCAGUAGCAGGGUUGAGUAUCAGUGGAACUACUGGCAGAGUGGGAGCCAAAAGGGCACCUGAGGUGGAGUAUCCCCAAGGAGGACACUGGGGUCCCUUACACACUCCAAGUGUUUUCCCCAGGACACCAGCCUAGUCCAGACAAUCUGUUACUUCAUCCUUUGACUGAAUGUGUAUUAGUAUCCACAUUGUCAAGAUCUGAAAUAUGUCUCAAGUGGCUAAAAUGUGUAAGGUGUAAAUCUUUACUUGCCACAAGGUGAGAAUGUUGCAAUACUGACCAUUAACCUCACCUUGGUAUAGUUCAGGUUGGAAAGGCCCUGUGAAACCUUUGGUCUCCUCUCCUCUUUGGAGCAGGACUGAGGUCAAAGUUAUUCAAGUUGUUCAGUGCCUUGUGAAGUUCUGAGGCCCUUCAAGGAAGGAAUUCCUGCUGCCUUUUUGGGCAGCAUCUGCUCAUGCUUCACCUCCUCUUGGAAGGCAGGGGCUGGAACCACAUAACUGGAACAUUCUGGUGGGAUCUGUCCAGGAACAGGCAGAAACCUGAGGUGUGAAUUUGUGCAAGUCAGUCUUUUGCUCUCCUUUGGACUGACUGCAGAGUUUUGAUCAGUUUAAUUUUCCUGCACAAGUGCUUUGAAAUCCACACGUAACAGGCACCACAAAACCAAAAUUGCAUGAGAAUAGUCGAUGUCACUUUUAGGCUGGUUGGGCCACCCAGGGUAGCAUUUCAGCACUUUGAAAGACUGGAAUGACUGACAAACCAUCGAGGAAAGUCCGGUCGUAAAAACCCUGACGUGCUCUCCUGGUUCUGUUGGUCAAACAGAGGGUGUUAGGGGUGUGAGCAUGGGGUGGUAAUGACAGCUUGAUUAGCCAGCAACAGUUUACACGGUGUGCUCAUCCAGAUCUGCCCCCGGCACUGCCAGCACCGCGGCUGCACUGGCGGGGGCACGGCAGGGCGGGGACCCUGCCUGCGGAGAGGUGCCAGGGGGGGCACGAAGGUGCCGGGGCAGAAGUAUCAGGGCAGGAAACGAAGAUCAGAAGGUACCUGAGCAAGUCCCAGGGAAGGUACCCGGGAUAUAGGAGAAGGUACCUGAGCAGGUACGAGGCAGGUAAGGAAGGUCAGGAGGAGGUACCUGAGCAGGUGCCGGGGGUGCGGCCGGGGGUUCCCGAGCGGGUG